UCCCCCAGAGAAGCCCCUGAGAGCACAGCUCCUCAUUAUGGACCGGACCUGGAGGAUCCUCUUCUUGGUGGCAGCAGCCACAGGUGUCCACUCCCAGGUGCAGCUGGUGCAGUCUGGGGCUGAGGUGGAGAAGCCUGGGUCCUCAGUGAAGGUCUCCUGGAAGGCUUCUAGAUACACCUUUACCAGCUAUGCUAUGCGCUGAGUGAGACAGAACCUUGGACAAGGGCUUGAACAAGCACAUGCAUUGCUUUGUGGACUCUUCCCUCAGAAAACCACAAAUGUCCCCACAACGACUCCUUCACAUAAGCAUGUAUGUCUGAUGCUGAACUGCUGUGUGGCAAAAUUAGCUCAGAAUACAAGCAGUAUGAACUCCAGCCCUAACAACGGAAUCCUGUGCCCCACCAUGGACACGCUUUGCUCCACGCUCCUGCUACUGACCAUCCCGUCCUGGGUCUUGUCCCAGGUCACCUUGAAGGAGUCUGGUCCUGCGCUCGUGAAACCCACACAGACCCUCACGCUGACCUGCACCUUGUCUGGGUUCUCAAUCAGCACUUCUGGAACAGGUGUGGGCUGGAUCCAUCAGCCCCCAGGGAAGGCCCUGGAAUGGCUUGCAAGCAUUUAUUGGAAUGAUAGUAAAUACUACAGCACAUCGCUGAAGAGCAGGCUCACCAUCUCCAAGGACACCUCCAAAAACCAGGUGGUUCUAACAAUGACCAACAUGGACCCUGUGGACACAGCCACAUAUUACUGUGCACGGGUACCACAGAGACACAGCCCAGGGCGCCUCCUGUACAAGAACCCAGGCUGCUUCUCAUUAGGAAAAAAGUCUGUGUGUGCCCAGAAACGAGCCUCCCUGAAGGGGGAACACGACCACCUGGGGGCGCUCAGGACCCACUGA